UCUAUUCAUCCGACAACAUCAAAUUUGCGAUGGGCGGACACUUUGUGGACGUAGCAAAAUCUGAAAUGCGAACUCAUUCGAACACGAUGCCCCGCGAUGCAUUGCACCGAUCUUACACCCUUUUCAGAUUUUGUGCAUGUCUUCUCCUUUUCACACAUCCUCUAUGAUUAUCGGAUCUUGCCAGAUCAUCCGCUGCCCACGCAGAAGUCGAUGUGAUUUGUGCAAGAAGCAACAUUUAUAUAUAGCGAUAGGACAUUACCGAGUUGCAUAAUCGCUGUCCAUUAUACUACUUCCCUAUGGUUAUAAGGAUGGUUGCGUUAUAUGCAGCUUGCUAACCCACUGCUUGAAUCAUGGCCCCUGCAGUUGAUCGUCGCCUUGCGAUCCUCGCUAGCAUUUCUCUUUCCUUUGUCGCCGUCAAGGCACUUGGGUGGUUCAUCAAGAAGCGACGGCAUAACUCUCCUCUUCCUCCUGGUCCAGUGCCACUCCCACUGUUAGGGAGCGUCCUAUCUAUUGACGCUAAGGAACCUUGGCUGACUUACACCGAAUGGAGUGCUGCGUAUGGCGACCUGGUCUUCCUGCGAAGCCUAGAUGAGGAAAUGAUCGUCGUCAAUUCUCAGAAAAUCGCAGAAGCCUUAUUGGACAAGCGUUCUCGGAUUUAUUCCGAUCGACCAUACCUGGCCACACUCGAGCCAUAUGGAUUAUCGGUCAACUUUGCAUUCAUAGGUUACGGCGAUGAAUGGCGUCUCUGCCGACGACUCUUCCACCAAACCUUCCGUUCUGAGUCUGCAGCGAAAUUUCGUUCAAUGCAGAUCAGGCGGGCUCUUGAGAUUGUCAUCAACCUAGUCGAUGACCCUCAAAAUUACUAUGACCACUUCGCAACAUUCUCGUUAUCUGUUGUGAUGUCAACAGUAUAUGACUACAAUAUCAGUGCCCGUGAUGAUCCUAUGGUGCAGAUUGUGAUAAAGGCGCUGAUUCCGGGCUUGACUUUGAUAACCCCAGAGAGAGCAUUAAUGCUCAAGACGUUCCCCUUCUUACUAAAGAUACCUGACUGGUGCUGGGGAUCCUCGAUCAAGCGUGAUGCUCGAGCUUCAACUGAGCGCGUUAAUGAAAUGGUCAACGUGCCAUUUCGAUAUGUGCAACAACACAUGGCCGACAGCUCAUUUUCCGCUCGAUCUUCAAUGGUUGCAGAAAAUUUACGACGGAUGGAGAUGCAAGAGGACGUAUUCAAACCUGCAUUUGAGAAUGCCUUGAAAAAGGCAGCCAGUACUGCUAUUAUAGCUUCAUAUGAAACGUCUGCAGCAACUUUGAUGGUUUUCGCUUUGGCCAUGGUGUUAUAUCCAGACGUUCAGAAACGUGCACAAGCGGAAAUCGACUCUGUGGUUGGAAGAGAACGGCUGCCGACGUUCGAGGACAGAGCAUCCCUACCCUACAUUGAAGCAGUUGUGCGAGAGACUUGGCGAUGGGAGCCCGUUGUACCCCUUGGCGUACCACAUGCCGCUUCGAGUGAUGACGUAUAUGAUGGUUAUUUUAUUCCAAAAGGCACAAUCAUCACAUACAACACAUGGGGCAUCACACGGGAUGAAAAGCGGUACCCCGAUGCAUCUCGUUUCAUCCCAGAGAGGUUCAUCGGCAAUGAUGGCGCAUUGACAGAUGAUGACCCUGCACAAUACAUUUUUGGCCUUGGCCGGCGCAUAUGUCCAGGACGGUAUACUGCUGAUUCCUCCGCGUGGGCUGCCAUUGCGACCAUGUUGGCCACGUUGGAUAUUUCUCCUGCAAAGGAUGACCAGGGCAAAGUGAUCAGCUUUACUCCCGAAUUCAUCACGGGAGUGGUUCGCUGCCCUGAGAUAUUCCCUUGCAGCAUUUCGAGACGUUCUCACAUUCAUCCAGACCUUGUGGACAGUUGGCGAACUACCGAGUUCGGAAAGAAUGAAUGACAGUUUGUCACAUCCGAGGAUACAGCUAAAGGGGAUGUAAUCGACCAAGUACUUCUUGCUAGUGUACAAAAGAUAAACGGUAUGGGCUUCGAGUGGAUAGCUAUUGUGUCAAGAGCUCCGUAACGUCUGGUAAUAUU